AUGCAAUGGCAUAUUUCCCGCUGCAGCCGUCUUACUGCAAAAUUGACUUGGUGGACCUUUCUGCGACUUCGCGAAGAUGUACCUCAGAAUGAUCGUGUCCUUAUUCUGUUCCUUACAGCAAAGCGAAGCGUGUCCUGCAAGCACCCGAUGACCAUGUUUGUCUGUCCGGCAAACGACCCCAGAGCUAAAGGAGUGGAGUGCAUGAAGACCUGCCAGACGUACGAGCUGGGCUGCGUCAGUCACGGGUGCAUAUCGGGCUGCCUCUGCCCCGCUGGAUGGGUGAGACAUGGAAACAAAUGUUUGGUCCCUGAAAAAUGCCCCUGUUUCCACAAUGGACAAGACUAUGCUCCAGGACAAACAGUGACAAAAGAUUGCAAUACCUGUACUUGCCGUGCUCGAAAAUGGGAAUGCACCGAAAACAUCUGUGAUGGAAAGUGUUCGGUCGUUGGUACAGCUCAUUAUUUGACCUUUGAUGGGCUGAAGUACAGAUUUCCUGGCAACUGUCAGUACGUGCUUGUUCAGGACCACUGCGAGGAUGGCGAUGCUGGGUCCUUUCGGAUACUGGUUGCCAACGAGGGAUGUGGCUUCACGGGAGAGACGUGCACGAGAAGGAUCACUGUUUUGUUUGACAACGGGGAGAUUGAGCUGCACAGCGGAGAAAUUAAUGUCCUGACACCUCCUAGAGAAGAAGGCAACUUGGAAGUCUUGAAAUCUGGCCGCUACUAUAUUCUGAUAUUGGGACAAGGAAGAAUCUCCCUGACUUGGGACCAAAACAUGGGAAUUACUGUUAUCUUGAAAGAAAACUACAAAGAUCAAGUCUGUGGCCUCUGCGGGAAUUUUGAUGGCAUCCCAAACAACGACCUGAGAAGCAGCCGGAGGCAGAUCGAAGUCGAUCCAAGCGACUUUGGGAACUCGUGGAAAGUUCACCCGCAGUGCGCUGACGUCCGAAAGCAGCUUUCUCAAGGGCAGGACCUGGCUUCUUCGUUGUGCAGUGGUAAUAUAGCGAAACAGGUGAUGGUGGAGACAUCGUGCAGUGUCUUGAAUAGCGAUCUCUUCAAAGAGUGCAAAAAACUGGUGGAUCCUGAGCCUUAUGUGGAUAUCUGCACAUAUGACACCUGUACUUGUGAGUCCAUCGGGGACUGUGCCUGUUUUUGUGAUGCUCUCGCUGCUUACGCUCACGCCUGUGCCCAGAACGGGGCAGUGAUCCACUGGAGGUCUCCUACUCUAUGCCCGCAAAGUUGUGAAAGUAUGAACAAAGUGGAGGAGGAAUAUCAGUGUGAAUGGCGAUACAACAGCUGUGGUCCUGCCUGUCCAAGGACAUGCCAGCACAUGGAUCCAAUACCGUGUCCCGUGAAGUGUGUCGAAGGAUGCCAUCCACACUGCCCUGCAGGAAAAAUUCUUGAUGAGCUUUCUGAGUCUUGUAUCAAACUCGAGGAGUGUCCAGUGUGCGAAGUAGAAGGUCGCAGGAUUUCUCAUGGGAAGAAGAUAAUUUUGAACUCGGAGAAUGCUCAGCUCUGCCAAUCCUGCCAUUGUGAAGUACGGAACUUGACAUGUCACCCAUGUGAUCCAGAAGAGGUUGGCAAAAUCUUGCCCACUGUUGGUCCAGAGGAAGAAGAGGAAGGAGAAGAAGGAGAAGAAGGAGGAGAAGAAGAAGUCGUCACACGUGAAUAUUCUUGUAGCAAAAUGAUGGACCUUGCCAUCCUUAUGGAUGGUUCCAAUAAGCUUUCAGAGAGUGAUUUCGAAGAGCUGAAAAGUUUCAUAAUUAGCAUGAUGGAAAAACUCCACAUCUCCCAAAAACGAAUUCGCUUGGCAAUCCUGGAAUACCGCACUGGUUCACACAUUUACCUUGGCCUGAAGGAUAUUAAAAGGCCAUCUAAAAUGAGGAAGAUUGUGCAAAAUAUAAAAUACACUGGUGGAGAUGUAGCCUCUGCCACUGAGGUACUCAAAUAUGUUGUGUUCCAUGUGUUUGGCAAGGCACCGCGCACAAACGCCGCCAGAAUUGCUGUGUUGUUUACAGCAAGCAAGGACACCAAGAAAGUUCAGGCAAUCUUUCCACUUUUGAAAAAGAAGAAAAUUAUUGUGAUACCGGUUGGGCUUGGGCCCCACGUCAGCACAGAACAAAUUGAAUUAAUUGAGAGGCAGUCACCAGAAAACAGAGCUUACAUACUGGACAGUGUCCUUGAGUUAAGGCAGCGCAAGGAUGAAAUAAUCGAUUACUUCUGUGGUCUUGUGCCUGAAGUGAGUGCUAUAUUUUCCACCCGAAGCCCAGUUCCAACUCUUCCCAGCAUUGGUGCAGUGACGGUACCAGCAAGCGGUCGUGAAGUAGGCUCAACGGAGAUUUCUGUUUCUGUUCACAAGAUACGUGACAUUGUCUUUUUAAUUGAAGGGUCCCACGAAGUUGGCGAGGACAAUUUUGAUAGGAUCAAAGAAUUUCUUAUCCGUACAAUCCGGGAGUUGGAAAUAGGAGAGGAAACCAUUCGCAUUAGCAUCGUGCAGUAUUCCUUUACCAUCACCGUGGAGUAUUCCUUCAAGGAACAUCAGUCAAAGGAGCUUCUGAUUAAGAAGGUGCAGGAGAUGAAAUUCCAGGGAGGAAACGCAACCAACACUGGACAGGCUCUCAAUUAUAUCUCUGAACAAUCGUUUACCACCAGCAGAAGAACAGAGCAAGUGCCGCACUUGGUUUACAUGGUAACUGCAAAUCCUGCCACAGAUACCAUCACUCGCCCAUCCAGCGAUGUCCAAAUUAUUCCUAUUGGCAUAAGGCCCAAUGCAGACAUCCAGGAACUCCAAGAAUUAAGCCAGCCACAGGCUCCUAUUAUCAUAGACGGCUUUAACAAACUCAUCCAAGAAGGGCCUGACUUGGUACUCAAGACAUGCUGCUCGAAGGAAGGAAUUUGCAGCAAGCCAAUGGAUGUGGUAUUUCUUCUGGAUGGAACUUCAAACGUUGAAGAGUCACAGUUUGAGGAAAUGAAACGUUUUGUGAAAGCAUUUAUUGAGCACGCUGAUGUUGGCCAUUCUUCAACUCAAGUGGCAGUGCUUCAAUAUGGAAAAGUGAACUCUCUGGAAAUUUCAUGGAACGUACUCCAGGAAAAAACAGAUCUUCUGAAAAGGGUGGAUGCCAUCCAUCAAAGAGAGCAAGGCCCCAGCAAACUAGGGGAAGCAAUAGACUUCAUGGUUCAGCAUGCCAUUUCCGAAGUCAACGGAGGGAGGCCCAACGCAUCCAAAAUUGCUGUGAUUAUUGUGGCAGGCACCUCAAGAGAUGCCGUGGAACCUGCUGUGUAUUCUGCAAGAAUCAAUAGGGUAUCGCUGCUUCCCAUUGGUGUUGGGACCAAAUAUAAUGCAGAACAAUUGAAGUCUUUAGCCGGGCCGUCUGCUAAAGACAUGAUCAUUAAGUUGCAACACUUUGAAGAUCUUUCCACCAUGAGCACGUUGGGUGAUGAAUUUAUAACGAAACUUUGUACAGAGACUGCACGGGAGUGUAUAGAUGAAGAGGGGAAUAUAAGAGCACCCGGUGACAAAUGGAAGCUGCUGGAUCGGUGUUAUAUUGUGACUUGCUUACCGGGUGGCCGCACAGAACUGAACAGCCACCGAUAUAUUUGUGAGAAGAUGGCCAAGCCAACAUGUCACAACAAUUUCCCUGCUGUUAAAGUGGAAGAAACAUGCGGCUGCCAUUGGGUGUGUCCAUGCACAUGCAUGGGAAGUUCAACCAGACAUAUUGUCACCUUUGAUGGACUGGAUUUUAAGCUAACGGGCAACUGUUCUUACACCUUGUUUGAAGACAAAGACGACGAUAUUCAAGUGCUUCUUCACAAUGGAGCAUGCAGCUCAGCCCCCAAACUCAACUGCAUGAAUGCCAUGGAGGUCACAUACAAGGGCUUCUCUGUGCAGCUCUACAGCAACAUGACGGUGGCUGUGAAUGGCAAAGCAGUUAUUCCCCCAUACAGUAACGGUCAAGUUGAAGUUAAUGUCUACGGGACAAUAAUGCAUGAAGUCAAGUUCUUGCAAGAGGACCACACCAUUGCCUUCACUCCAAGCAACAAUGAAUUCACAUUGCAACUUAGCCCAAAGAGUUUUGCCUCAAAAAUGUAUGGACUUUGUGGGGUUUGUGACCAAAACAGCGGGAAUGACCUGCUGCUAAAGAAUGACUCCAUCGCUCGUGACAUCAGCACUUUCAUCCAGGACUGGACCGUCAAGCAACCCGGCAGGAUCUGCAAGGAGAGGCGGGCCGAGAGUUGCGCUGCGCAUGCCACCACGCGCUGCAGCCUCUUGCUUUCGCCUUCUUUUUACGACUGCCAUCAGGUCAUUCCUCCAAACACGUUCUACGCAGCGUGUGAAGAAAACAACUGCUUCGGGGAGGAAGUGUGUGAGGUUAUAGCGUCCUACGCCCAUCUUUGCCGAGUGCACGGAGUUUGUGUGGACUGGAGAACCCCGGACUUCUGUGCCAUGAAAUGCCCACCCUCCCUAAUCUAUCAGCACUGCCAGAAAGGCUGCACAAAACACUGUGAGAACGGGACCAACAUGCAGAUCUGCACAGACUACCCCACGGAGGGCUGCUUCUGUCCCCAGGGACAAGUCACCCUAGAUGGCGGCUGCGUUCACGACGACAUCUGCUCCCAGUGCAUCAGCGAAGAUGGAGCUCGCCAUCAGCCCUUGGACACGUGGAUUCCUCCCAUGGAGCCCUGCAAGGUCUGCAUGUGCCUGGAGAACAGGACCAUAAGCUGCGCUGCUCAGCCGUGCACCACCGCCAAGCCCAUUCUUUGUGGCCCCUGCGAGGCUCCAAGACUGCAGAGGGAUUCCAGUCAGUGCUGCCCGGUCUUUGAAUGCGUCUGCGAUCUGACCACUUGUAAAUUGCCUCUAAUACCUCAGUGUGAAAAUGGUCUCCAAUUGAUCCAGACAAAUCCUGGAGGAUGUCGACCAGACUAUGCUUGCGUCUGUAAAAAGGAGGCCUGCAAGUCACAGCCCAGGCCGUCCUGCCCGUCACACCGUGAACUGACUGUGAAGAAGACUCAGUGCUGCGAUGAAUAUCAGUGUGUUUGUAGCUGCAGCAACUCGACAGUGACCUGCCCGCCAGGCUACCUCUCAUCCUCCGUCACGAAUGACUGUGGCUGCACCUCUACCACUUGCAUCCCAGAGCAGGUGUGUGUCCACCACAAUGUUGUCUAUCCUCUUGGGAUGACUUGGGAGGAAGGCUGUAAGGAGUGUUCUUGCACGGACAUGAAAGAUGCUGUUACAGGACUCCAAAUUACAGAGUGUCUCGAGAAGGAAUGCAGCAAGACCUGCCCACCGGGAUAUAGAUACGUCAACAAAGAAGGGGCAUGCUGUGGAAGAUGUCUCAGAACUAUGUGUGAAGAUACGUCACGCUGGUCUCGAGGAGAUGAAGACGUCACUUGGCAUAACGUUGGCUCUGAGUGGCCGUCUCCGUCUGAUCCCUGCAUCAUCAAAAAAUGUGUCCGUGUGAAUGAGGAAGUCUUUAUUCAGGCCAGGAACGUCUCAUGCCAACCGAGGGAGCCCAUCAGUUGUCCGUUUGCAACAGAGCUGCGUUGUAAACAGAAGUCUGGGUGCUGCCCUUCCUGUAGCUGUGAACCCGUGAACGGCUGUAUCUUGAAUGGCACAGUUCUUGCGCCAGGGAAACGCAUGUUGCUGGAUCAGUGCACCAGUUGCCAGUGUACCACACAGCAGGGGCUGUAUCUGACGUAUAAAUUGACAUGUGGGAAAAUUACUUGCGAACCUUGUCCCAAGAAUUACAGGAUGGAGAAAACCUCUGGCUCCUGUUGUGGGAAAUGCUUGCCCACUCGGUGCAACAUCCAGCUGCGGGACGGAACCAUUUUGUACCUGAAGCCAAAUGAAACAGUCCGAGAUGGAUGUGACACUCAUCUUUGCAAGGUGAACCAGAAAGGCGACUUUAUCUGGGAGAGGAAGAUCACUGGUUGCCCUCCAUUUGAUUCUAAGAAAUGCUUAGCUGAAGGAGGUAAAGUUACAAAACUGGGCAAUACCUGCUGUGAAACAUGUGUCGAGCCCGAAUGCAAGCAAAUCACAGGCAGGCUGGAAUUUGUGAAAGUAGAUGACUGCGUGAAUGAAAACCAGCUGAAUAUCCAUUACUGUGAGGGCAAGUGUACGAGCAAAGCCAUUUACAACAUUACCCUGAACCACAUUGAAGAUGUGUGCACCUGCUGCUCAGCGACAGUCACCGACCCCAUGGACGUCCCCUUGCGCUGUGCCAAUGGCUCCGUGGUCCUUCACAAAGUGCUUAAUGCCAGAGAGUGCGAAUGCCUCUCUCGGAAAUGCCAGCCGUGAUCACGUAACGGGGAGCUUAUGCCUGUCAAACUUUUUAUCCAGACGCCAGAAAAUGUACAAUCUGCUUUUAAUUUCCUUUGGGCAUUGGGAGGAUUUUGAUAUUGGUCUAAUCAAAGCGAUGUAACCCAACCCAAGCAAUAAACCGCAUAGCUUGGAUGUUUUACUUUUGACUGUUUCAGGGUAUUUUGAGAAAGCCCAAAGAAUUCACAUCAUUCGGAGUACUGUUUUGGGUCAGUAUUCCAUCAAAGGACUUCAACCCAUGGGAUGAACUAAUACAAUGAUUUCAGCAUAUAGUUAUUCUCAUUUCAGUUACUUUUAUGGUGAGUGACUAACUCUGACUCAGAUCAGAGUUAUCUGGCUUCUGUUACAAGCUUGAAUAAAACAUUUGACUAAAACGUGA